AUGGCUUCUGAAUUGAUCAACAAAUAUAGAGAGAAAGCGGAGAUCUUCCAUGGCGAGGAGCUAUGCAAGAAGAAAUCAACUGAGCUGUUAGAUGAGAUGUUGCUUCCCAACAAUUUGCCACCAGUAGAUGAGAUGGAAGAGUUAGGCCUCUACAGAGAAGCCCAUUUCUUUUGGUUGAAACUGAAGAAAGCCCAGAAGUACAAAUUCCCCAAUGUUGGUGAUACCCUCUACGCUACAGAGAUCUCAGGCUUCAUAGAGCCUCGUCUACUUAAAGACUUGAAAGGGGUGAGUGCUAAGGAAUUGUUUCUCACCUUCACUGUCAUUGAAAUUUAUAUAGAUGAUCCUUCUUCUGGGAAGAUCAACUUCAAGACUUCCAGUGGCCUUUCUCGUAAACACCCCAUCUCUUGCUUUGAGCUCCCAAAACCAGAAAAGAAAUGA